AUGUCUCGUCCAGCUUGCUCGUUACGCUCCUUCCUUCGUGCCUCGAGUGCGAGAAGUUUUCCUCGAAAUGUUCGAACACUAGCAACCCCUUCGUCAUCCAAAACGAGCUUUAGUCAGACUCUCGCUGAGGGGCCUGCAUUAGACGACUUCAUCGCUGGCAACGUCUCAGAUAGAGUGGUUCUUGGGAACACAACUGGGCCUCGCCUUCCAUCGUAUCUCAAGACGUCUAUUCCUAAGGGCGCAUCCUUCUCUAAGAUCAAGAGCGACUUGCGGGGACUGGGCCUACACACAGUAUGCGAGGAGGCCCGCUGCCCAAAUAUUGGUGACUGCUGGGGCGGAAAGGAGGGUGCAACUCCGGAGGAGGGACGCAGGGCUGCUACGGCCACUAUUAUGCUAAUGGGGGAUACAUGUACGCGAGGAUGUCGUUUCUGCUCAGUGAAGACUUCCCGAGCACCACCACCUCUGGACCCCCACGAACCAGAAAAUACUGCAGAAGCCAUUAGCCGGUGGGGACUGGGGUACAUUGUGCUCACGAGCGUUGACCGAGAUGAUCUCUCCGACGGUGGCGCGCACCAUUUCGCGGAGACAAUUAUGAAGAUCAAGCAGAAAGCGCCCCAAAUUCUUGUGGAGGCAUUAACAGGAGAUUUUGCGGGAUCGCUUGCUCAGGUAUCUGUCGUCGCGAAGUCCGGAUUAGAUGUUUAUGCACACAAUGUCGAGACCGUUGAGGCCUUGACGCCAUUCGUUCGCGAUCGUCGCGCCACAUUUAGACAGAGUCUAAGUGUCCUUGAGCACGCAAAGAAGGAGGGUGUGAGAAUCACGAAGACAAGCAUCAUGCUUGGAGUCGGGGAAAACGAGGAGCAGGUGAUGGAUGCUUUACGCGAGCUGCGGAACAUCGACGUCGACGUCGUCACAUUCGGGCAGUACAUGCGUCCGACGAAGCGACACAUGAAGGUCGACCGCUAUGUGACGCCUACCGAAUUUGACCGAUGGAAACAUGUUGCUGAAGAUAUGGGGUUCCUCUAUGUCGCGAGGCUCGACGCUAAACCAUCAGAUCUACAGGCUGGAGAGUAUUUCAUCGAGAACGUAUUGCGAGGGAAGGCGACAGAACGGAGGACAACCCAGCUUGCUAAUGGCGAGGCCCUCGACGACAAACUUUCGAGUAUCUCAUAG